AUGACCCUAAGCUUCUUUGAUCAGUUUGCUAUUCCUAAUUUACUAGGAAUCCCAUUAAUUAUUCCAGCUUUAUUUUUUUCACCAACCAUUUGAUUUUCUACCAACCGACUUAUUCAAAAUCGUUACUCAACCAUUCAAUCCUCACUCAUCAUUAAUGCCACAAAACAAAUAAUAUUACCCAUUAGUAUUGCAGGACAUAAAUGAGCAAGUACUUUUAUAGCACUCCUACUAAUACUUACACUACUUAAUACCCUAGGAUUAUUACCUUAUACUUUUACCCCAACCACCCAACUUUCAAUAAAUAUAGCUCUUGCCAUCCCAACCUGAUUAAUAACAGUCUUAAUUGGUCUACGAAACCAACCAACCGCUUCACUGGGCCACCUUCUCCCAGAAGGUACACCAACACUACUUAUUCCUAUGUUAGUAAUAAUUGAAACAGCUAGCUUACUUAUUCGUCCAAUCGCACUGGGCGUACGCCUAACAGCCAACCUAACAGCCGGACACUUAUUAAUUCAACUUACCUCAACAGCAGUCUUAGCCCUUAUAAAUUCUAUAACUUUAACCGCAUCAAUUACUCUUAUUUUACUAAUCUUAUUAACCUGCUUAGAAAUAGCUGUUGCUUUAAUUCAAGCAUACGUCUUCGUACUACUUUUAACACUAUACCUACAAGAAAACAUCUAA